CCACAUCAGCAACAGUGCCAUGUCAGCAGUACCACGUCAACAGUGCCAUGUCAGCAGUGCCCCGCCACCAUGACAGGCUCAGUUCUGGGCAUGCCAGGCCAACUGGCCAACGAGUCCAUUGCUGAGUACCGACAGCGUUUCGAAGCUCAGCUCGCACUGAUGGAGGCUGAGGAACAGCAUCAGGCGGCAACCGAGGCUGCCCGCCUACAAGCUGAAGCGGCGGCAACAGUUGAAAAGCAGCGGCUUCAAGCCGAAGCCGAAGCAGAUACCCAGGCACGCCGCAAGGAGGCCCAGGAUCUGUUACAGCGGCAUGAAGCCACCAGCAUCGAAAAACUCAAGUUUUGGCAUUUUGAACCAUCUGAGCAGCACGAUGACGCGACACCAGAAGAGCAUCACAAGGAGUUCCUGGCCAAACUCGUGACCCGGUUGGUUUACUCUUGUAACCACCUGCAGUCCGAGCUGGCGAAUCUCCGACGGGCGGUGCGGAACCACAAGGAUCUGCACGAGGAUGCUACACGGGCACUUCAUUCCCGUGUACAAGACUUGGAGCAAUCUGCACCAAGACCAGAUGCUGGCGAGUCCCGCAGUCCACCCUCUACCCGCCAAUUGGAGGAACGAGUUGACCACGUCGUCGCAAUGCUUGGCGACAUCAGCACCUUCGCAGCACCAGCCACCAUCAGCAAGCAGCUGGACACCUUGAAGACCGAGGUUCAGCAACUGCACCCGCUGCCCAACAAGGAUGGCAACACCGCACAGCACUACAAGAUGCCGACAUUCCACAUCGAAAAGUUCGAUGAUUAUACGCAUCAAGACCCGGUCCCCUGGUGGGAGGGCUUUACGACGGAACUUCGGAUUCUUUUCGUCCCAGAGCGCUCGUACAUCGGCGCGCUGUUCCUCAACUCAAAGGGCGGAUGCCAGAUCUGGCUUAGCCACCUGGCAACCAUCCACGUCGUCGACGUCGCCGAUCUGCACACGAAGAUUCCUUGGGCAAAUCUGACGAAGCUAUGGAAGAAGCGGUUCAUCGUGAACGACGCCCCGACGCUCGCCAUCAACCGCCUCUUCGCGAUGACGCAAGGCAACACACCGACACGUGACUGGCUCACGGAAUGGCAAAAGAUCGCGGCGAAGCCCGAUCUCGAAUUGCCAUUUUCGCAUUUGCGUCGGGAGUUCUACAACCGGUCAUGUGCCUCCUUGAGCCUUGCACUUGGUGAUCGCGAGCAAUACGCGACCUUCGCUGAAAUCAUCGACAAGGCAAGGGAGAUCAUCAAGACCAAUAGGGCGGCUGCACACGAGAAGUCGGCAUGGCAGCCAACCUAUGUGGAGAAAGGAAAAUUUGGUCCGCGUUCGCAGCAUGUUGCUGCAGUCCACUCGGAGAACAUUGUGGAAGACCCAGCAGCCCACCCAAGCAUCACAUGAGGGAGAUCAGGUGGCUGCUGUCCAGCCGCGAAGCAACAACAACUCCUGAGGAAAAGGGAAGGCGAAAACCGCAUCGCCGGCCAGAAACG